UUUGGAGAGAUGGAUAUCUGUUCAUUGCUGUACGGAGUUGUGCUAGCGUUUUGUUAUACGCUCAGUGUCAGCGGAGAAGACGGGGCAGAUGUAUGUGGGGGGCAGCUGGAUGCCAGCGAUGCAGGGUACAUUACAUCUCCGGGAUACCCACUGGAGUAUCCACCCCACCAGAGCUGCCAGUGGGUGAUCACUGCUCCAGAACCUUCUCAACGCAUCGUACUCAACUUCAACCCCCACUUUGAACUGGAAAGACUGGACUGCAGAUACGACUUCAUUGAGAUUCGGGACGGCGGUUCGGAGUCUGCGCCACUGCUGGGGAAACACUGCAGCAACAUUGCCCCCCCUGCCAUCAUCUCAUCAGGUCCUGUACUACACAUCAAAUUCGUCUCCGACUACGCCCACCAGGGGGCUGGCUUCUCGCUGCGCUACGAGAUCUACAAGACGGGAUCCGAGCACUGUUUCCUGAACUUCACAAGUCCAACGGGAGUGAUUGAGUCUCCCGGCUUUCCUGACAAAUACCCCCACAAUCUAGAAUGCUCCUUCAUCAUCAUCACUCCUCCUCACAUGGAGGUCACCCUCAACUUCCUCACGUUUGACCUGGAGAACGACCCGCUCCUGAUGGGUGAGGGAGAAUGCAAGUACGACUGGCUGGACAUAUGGGACGGCCUACCACAGGUGGGACCCCUGAUUGGACGGUACUGUGGUACUAAGAUUCCUCCAGAGAUUCAGUCCUCCACGGGCCUUCUGUCUCUGUCCUUCCAUACGGACAUGGCCGUGGCCAAGGAUGGCUUCUCUGCCCGCUACAACAUGACACACAGAGAAGUCACUGACUGUGAGUAUUAUUGGCCUGUCUCCUCAUUUCACUGUAGUAACGCCUUUGGUAUGGAGUCUGGGAAGAUUUCAGACGAUCAGAUCUCGGCUUCCUCCUCCUUCUAUGAUGGCCUCUGGUCCCCACGGCAGGCACGCCUCAACAACCAGGACAAUGCCUGGACCCCGAGUGAGGACAGCAACAAAGAAUACAUACAGGUGGACCUCCAGUUCCUUAAAGUCGUGACGGGAAUUGCCACCCAGGGGGCCAUCUCCAAGGAGACGCAGAAAUCCUAUCACGUCACCACAUUCAAACUGGAGGUCAGCACCAAUGGAGAGGACUGGAUGAUAUACCGACAUGGCAAGAACCACAAAAUUUUCCAUGCCAACACUGAUCCCUCAGAGGUGGUCCUGAACAGGAUCCCUCAGCCUGUCCUGGCCCGCUUCGUGCGUAUACGUCCCCAGACGUGGAAAAACGGCAUCGCCCUGCGAUUUGAACUCUACGGCUGCCAGAUCACAGAUGCCCCAUGUUCAGAGUUACAGGGCAUGCUCUCCGGCCUGCUGCCUGACUCUCAGAUCUCGGCCUCCUCUGUCAGAGACCUGCACUGGAGCCCCGGGGCUGCCCGUCUGGUGGCCAGCAGAUCAGGCUGGUUCCCUGCACCUGCCCAGCCCCUGGCAGGGGAGGAGUGGCUUCAGGUGGACCUGGGGACCCCCAAGAUGGUGCGCGGGGUCAUAACACAAGGGGCUCGCAGUGCUGAAGGGGGCGCCAGCUCUGACAACCGAGCCUUCGUCCGCAAGUAUCGACUGGCCCACAGUCUGAACAGCAAGGACUGGAACUUUGUCAUGGACAGCAAAACUAGCAUGCCCAAGAUUUUCGAGGGAAACACACAUUACGACACUCCAGAGCUCCGGCGUUUCGAUGAGAUCCCAGCCCAGUUCAUCAGGGUCUACCCAGAGCGCUGGUCUCCUGCUGGCAUCGGCAUGAGGAUGGAAGUGAUCGGCUGUAACCUUCCAGAAACCUCCACCAUAGCCGCGGAAACCUUACCUCCACCGACCCAGCCCCUCCCUGCUGAAACCAGCACAGCACAAAGAGUGAGCCAAGUAUCCAGCACUUCUCCCCCCUCCCAGACUGGACUAUGUGAUUUUGAAAAUGGUUUGUGUGGAUGGACCCAUGACCCUAAUUCUGACCUCAGCUGGACCCUGCACAGCUCCAACAAAAUCACAGGCCUGGGCUCCAGCUUGGACCUCUCCCUCGGCUCCAACAGUUUGGGAAACUACCUAUACAUAGAGGCCAGCCCUGAGACAGAGCACCAGCGUGCCCGACUCCUCAGCCCAGUGAUGGGACCAGAUGCUGGGCCACUCUGCCUGCUCUUCUCCUAUCAACUGGAGGACCAGGGCACCCUGAGGAUCCUGCUUCGAGACGCUCACCAGGAGGAGACCCUUCUAUGGGCUCUUCACGGCGACCAGGGUCCUAUCUGGAAAGAGGGUCGUACCAUCUUACCUCGCUCCCCCAAGGAAUUCCAGGUUGUUAUUGAAGGCUUUUUUGAGCAUGGCAACAAAGGCCAUAUUUGGAUCGAUAAUGUCCACAUGAGCACGAGCACGCCUCUGGAGCAAUGUACACAACCAUUUGCUGCCUUCCCUCCUGAUAUUACCGAUAAGAGGCCAAGCUUUGGAGACAAUAAUCUUUUCAACAGCAGAGACCAAAUAAAUGAAGGUUUCGUAUUCCCAGAGUGGAGCACGGUGGAUCCAUCCAUGGAGCCUCCAGUCACGAGUGUCCCAGACAAAGACAAUGCCUGGCUGCUGACUCUGGAUCCCAUCCUGCUCACCAUCAUCGUCAUGAGCUCCCUGGGCGUUCUCCUGGGCGCUGUGUGCGCCGGCCUCCUCCUCUACUGCACCUGCUCCUACGGAGGCCUCACGUCCCGCUCCUCCACCACCCUGGAGAACUACAACUUCGAGCUUUAUGACGGCAUCAAGCACAAAGUCAAGCUCAACCAACAGCGCUGCUGCUCUGAAGCGUGAGGACGAAGACGGGCGAA